AUGGCACCAAUGAAGAUCCUCAUCAGCGGCGCAGGUAUCACCGGCAAUACUCUCGCUUUCUGGCUCUCCAAGCUAGGCCACAACGUCACAAUCGUCGAGCGUUCUCCUUUCCUUCGGGCCUCGGGGCUCCAAAUCGAUCUACGCAACCACGGAAUCGAAGUCAUGAAGCGUAUGGGUCUCGAACAGGCCUUUAAGGCCCAUUCCAUCCCAGAGCACGGCAUGCAGUUUGUCAACAAAGCGGGUAACCGGCAAGCCUAUUUCCCAGCCAACGAUUCUACAAAUGUCAGUCUGGGCUUUAGUACCAACUUCGAGAUCAUGAGAGGCGAUCUGUGUCAAAUCAUCUAUGAUGUAACAAAAAGCCGGGCCAACUAUAUCUUCGGCACAUCAAUUGAGAGCUUCGAGGAAAACGACAAGGAAAAAGCGAUCAACGUUCGAUUUGCAAAUGCCACCGAAUGCCGUUUCGACCUCUUGAUUGGCGCCGAUGGCCUAGGGUCGCGUGCUCGAAAUUUGAUGCUCGGAAACGAAGCCCCCGAUGCAUUCCAUCCCCUCAACGGUCGCUAUGUCGGAUAUUUUACCUUACCUCAGCCAAUCAAAGAUGGGGAAGGGUAUAUCGCUACAGUGUACAGGGCACCCGGAGGACGAGGUAUCAUGACUCGAAGACACAAUGCGCACGAGAUCCAGGCAUAUAUUGGCGUGCAGGCAGAUUCAGAACAGCUCAAGAAACGUUUGCAGGGUAAUGUUGUGGAGCAAAAGGAAGUGUUGAAAGAGAUGCUUCAAGGGGCGGGGUGGAAAACGGAUGAGAUCUUGGAAGCUCUCAAAGAUGCUGACAACUUCUACUGUGAGCGUAUGGGCCUUGUAAAGUUGGCUUGUUGGUCUCGCGGUCGUGUCACGCUCGCUGGAGAUGCUGCUUAUUGUCCGUCAGCAAUGACAGGAAUGGGUACCACUUCUGGGAUUGUUGGUGCCUAUGUCUUGGCUGGGGAGAUUGGGAGGCACUGUGAUGGAUCUUCUGAGAAGGAGUCUACGACAGACCCUGUUCUGGCUGCGCUCCAGGCGUAUGAACAGAAGUUUCGCCCUUUUGUUAGCCAGGUGCAGGAGGGUGUUUCCGAUGACGGAGGGCUUUGGGAUAGGAUUUCGGCCACGGUAUUCGGUAUUGCUCUCACGAACCAUCUUAUGAGAAUUGCCGCGUUUUUGAGACUGGAUCUUCUCAGUAGGUUCUCUUCGAAUCCUGUCAAGGACUGGAAACUUCCGAUAUAUGAAGAGUUGCUCCGGGAUUAG